AUGGGAAAGUCUUCAAAAGAUAAGCGCGAUGCUUACUACAGGCUUGCAAAGGAGCAAGGAUGGCGAGCUCGCAGCGCAUUCAAGCUCCUUCAGUUGGACGAAGAAUUCGACCUCUUCAAAGACGUUACUCGCGUUGUUGAUCUCUGCGCAGCUCCCGGAAGCUGGAGCCAAGUCCUAUCUCGAGUUCUGAUCAAGGGCGAAAAGUUCGGUCGCAGAGCUUGGGAAGACGAACAGGCGAAGUCAUGGCAGCUGUUACGGGGAAUCUUUGGAGCUGCGAUCAAAGAGGAAGAUAUAACAGAGGAAAAGCUGACGGUAGAGGACCGGUUGGCCCCACGGAAAGAUGUCAAAAUCGUGGCCAUCGAUCUCCAACCGAUGAGCCCACUGCCGGGUAUCAUUACUUUGAAGGCAGAUAUUACACAUCCAGCCACGGUUCCGCUUUUACUACAUGCGCUCGAUCCUACAUAUGAUCCUUCAUCGAAAUCUCAACAUACUUCACAUCCUGUGGACUUGGUGUUAUCAGACGGAGCUCCAGAUGUCACUGGUCUCCAUGAUCUUGAUAUCUAUGUACAGUCGCAGCUCCUGUUCGCUGCUUUAAACCUCACAUUGUGCGUAUUACGCCCCGGUGGCAAGUUUGUGGCCAAGAUAUUCAGGGGACGCAAUGUGGAUUUACUAUAUUCUCAAUUGAGUAUCUUCUUCGAACAAGUAGUAGUCGCGAAACCGCGAUCAAGUCGGGCUAGUAGUGUGGAGGCAUUCAUUGUUUGCCUGAACUUCCAACCGCCCGAGGGGUUCAAGGCUAGUCUCGAGGAGCCAAUGGGCAUUGGAAACAGGUUGGAAAAGAUGGUAGCCACGAAAGCCGCACAGCAUCCAAUUGUUGCUUUUACAACACUUCAAGACCCAACCAAGGGAACGUGGUCUACGGCACCAGCAAAGCCUAUCAUCAUAGGAGAAGAUGGCAUUGUUGAGCUCCACUUGCCCGAAGAAGAAGCAGAUGCAUGGAAAGAUGGGAGAUGGAUAGCCCCGUUUUUGGCCUGCGGAGAUCUUUCAGGAUUCGAUGCAGAUGCCUCUUAUCAUCUGCCAAAAGAUCGAAUUACACUCGAUCCCGUGCAACCUCCGACUGCCCCUCCGUACAAGCGUGCUUUGGAGAUGAGAAAGGCUGCUGGAGGGGCCUAUGGAAAAACCAGUAUUGCCUGA